CGCAGGGGAUUCCCACGGGAAAGGGGAACCAAAGGGCUGCUUGGCCUCGGGUCCUGCUGUCUGGACCAGAGACAGAGGGGUGUGCUCUCUGAGACUUCCCACUGCUCCCCCAGACCACUCCCUGCCAAUCAGUCUCCUUGCGAUUGACACGGAGGGGUGACCUCCCAUGCUACAGGCCUCACAGGAUGGUCAUGAGUUCAGGACAGAACACGACAGUGCAGAGCCCCCUGGCCUGUGCCACCGGGAGGGCUGAGGGUGAGAACAUUGAUGACAGGAAUGACACUGAGUCCUCAGGAGAACCUGUGAGGUCGGUGGAGGUCUCCCAAUUUCCAAAGGAGGGAACGGGUCAAGGAGGCCAGGCCCAGGCCUAAGGUCACACACACCGAGUGAGCGUUGUAGCUGGGAGUCGUCCAGAAGCAGAGCAUGCUGGAGUCCGGGUGGCACUGGUACCAGCUGACUUGGGUCAGAGGGCCAGGGUGUGAGGUCAGGGCUGGUGGGGAAAUGGGGUGAGGUGAGCAUGGCCUCAAUGACCCUGUCCUCCACCCUGGUGGAACCAGCCUUCCAGGUUUGCCACUCUGAUGUUCCAUGUCCCUGGAUCCAAGCUCAGGCUGCCCAAGAAGUGUGUUCCCUUCCUGGGAGAAUACCUCAAAGAUCUGAAGGUGAUGGACAGCAGAAUGGAGGAUGAUCUGGAGGUACAGAGAGUUUUGGAGGAGAUAGUGGUGCUGCAGGAGGCUGCCCAGAAAUACAAAAUAGAGCCUGAGGAGCAAUUCCAGGCCUGGUUCUGGGCCCUGAAGCGGCUCAGUAAAAUGAGAGGUGAGGCUGGGCAGGAGUUGGGCAAGGGCAGAGCUGGACUCUUUCUGCUGGUCAGUCCAGAGAACCUGUGUCCAUGGUUCCCUGAUACCCCCUCCCCCCAGACCUUGCUGUGUAGCAAUUCCUGGGGCUCCUGACACUGGGAGGGACACCUGAGGUUGGGAGCUCACAGGUGCCACUCUCUCCUGCAGUUACAUCUGGCCUUGCCAGCUGGAGCCACAGCCCUAGGUGGUCAGGGGAACACUCACCAAAGGAAGUCAAUGAAUGAUUGACUGCAGAUGUGGAAAUUAUUCUCAACAUAAUCUCUAUUUUUUAGAUUAAGAAAUAACUAUACAAAUAUUUAUGUUUAUCCUUCAGAUAGCCUCAUAAUACAUGUAAAUAUACCCUUACCCAUAGUUAUAAGUAAUUUUUGUUAUGUUUAUGUUUUGUAAGUUUUAAUAAUAUUAAAGUUAUUUCUGAAAAAUAAUAUCUUCUAGUAUCUUUUCUCCUGCUUCGUCAUAAAUUGUAUAAUUUGGCUGUAGUUAAUGGACUUAAAAUGAUUUUGUUUUCAACUUUAUAAAUAAUUCUUUGAUGAUCAUUGUUGUAUAGAUACCUCUGAACAUUUAUUCAUUUUGAAUCGA